CUAUAUAGGGUAAAGGUCAGAGUGGGUUUGUCGAGUUGUACUCACCGUGAAUAAGAUUCGGAUCAUAACCCGAGAAAUCUUUCUGUUCCAAAUUGAAAAAUCAUCCACAGUUUGUUUUUGUUGAAGUUGGACUUUACAGGAUCACGAUGGCACUUCUCAGAGGUGUGUUUGUUGUGUCAGCCAAGCGCACUCCCUUUGGAACCUAUGGUGGAGUGCUGAAAGACCACAGUGCAACAGACUUGGCGGAGCAUGCAGCCAAAGCCGCCCUCGCUGCAGGGGGUGUGGCCCCAGAGCUUAUCAACAGCGUCAUUUUGGGAAAUGUCAUGCAGAGCUCGGCGGAUGCCCCAUACAUUGCUCGCCAUGUCGGCCUGAGGUGUGGCGUUCCCAUCCCCGUGCCUGCUCUCACUGUGAACAGACUGUGUGGGUCUGGCUUCCAGUCUAUCAUCAAUGGUACUCAUGAGAUCUGCCUCAGAGAGUCAGAGGUGGUUUUGUGUGGAGGUUCAGAGAGCAUGAGCCAGGCUCCCUAUGCUGUUCGCAACAUUCGCUUUGGAACAAAGUUUGGACUUGAUCUUAAGCUGGAGGACACCUUGUGGGCGGGUCUGACUGACCUGCAUGUAAAGAUACCAAUGGGAAUCACAGCAGAGAAUCUGGCAGAAAAAUACGAGAUCACACGAGAGGACUGCGACAAAUUUGCUUACCAGACGCAGCAAAGGUGGAAGGCAGCUCACGAAGGGGGUCACUUCACAGCUGAAAUUGCCCCCGUUGACAUAAAAACAAAAAAAGGAAAGGUUCCCAUGGCUCAGGAUGAACACCCGCGGCCUCAAACCACACCAGAACAAAUGGCCAAACUGCCGUCAGUCUUCAAAAAGGGGGGAACCGUCACUGCUGGAAAUGCAUCGGGGGUGUCUGAUGGUGCUGCUGCUCUGGUGAUUGCAAGUGAUGAUGCUCUGAAAGAACACAAGCUCACGCCGCUCGCCAGAAUUGUGGCUUAUCAUGUGUCAGGCUGUGACCCGAGCAUUAUGGGUAUCGGUCCAGUCCCAGCGAUUACAGGAGCUCUUAAGAAAUCUGGUCUGUCUCUAAAUGACAUGGAUCUGGUGGAGGUGAAUGAAGCGUUUGCUCCCCAGUUUCUGGCUGUUUCAAAGGCUCUUGGGCUGGACCCAGAGAAAACCAAUGUAAAUGGCGGAGCUAUUGCGAUCGGGCAUCCUCUCGGUGCCUCUGGAGCUCGCAUCACUGGCCACCUUGUGCACGAACUCAGGCGUAGAGGUGGAAAAUACGCCGUUGGAUCUGCCUGUAUCGGUGGAGGUCAGGGCAUCGCCAUCAUCCUCGAGAGGUGUUGACAGAAGAAACUGCCUUUGCUCAUGGAAUCUCCUGAAACAAUGUCAUGCAAACUCACCGGCUACUAAUGUUCUAACAAGGAAAAACCUCUUGGUUCCAACCAAGAGAAGAAAAAAUAUUUGAAUUGUUUCCCAGAGAGUCACUGACUGGAUGAGCUCCAAAACGUGUUGCUAUCAUUUUCUUUAAGUACUCCUCUUCAGUCCAGUCGAUAGAUAUAAAUACAGGUUCAUUUAUGCAUGUUAGCUAAAGUAAUGACUCCAAAUUGCCCUUUGGAUUGAGAAUGUUUUGCUUUUGUGUUCCUUGUGAUGAACUCAUGGCCUGAAGUGUGUAUCGCACUUCUCACCUGCUAAAAACCUGAGAUGACCUUUAGCAGGUUCCCAUGACCCUCAAUAGAAUGAAGCUUGUCUAGAAAAUCGUUAGAUGGAAAAUUUCACAUCUUCAAUCGUUCUCAUAACUUGAGCUAAUAAAGAAAAUCAAGUUUCUGAUUGUCAUAAUGAUGGAAGAGGUUAUUUCUGCUUACAAACAUUGAUUACUUCCUGAUCAUGAUGGCAAGUAAUAUAUUAUCACAGACUGUUUGCCUUACUCGCUCCAUGUUCAGGAUUUGGUGUUGCCUUUAGUGGCUUUCUGUGGUAACUGAUUUUGUACUUCAGUGUUAAAGUAUCACAAAUAAAAUUUCUCAAAAAUUA